AUGUGUCAAUUUGAUAUUUUGUCACAUAGUAAGGAGUCGAUGAUGAAUGAGACCUCAAAUCUCAAGGCAAAGCAAAAAACCGAUUUUGAUUUACAUGCAGAAGGCUUUGAUAUUCCAAAGAAUGAACAUGCGGACGAUGUGUCCUCAAUUUCGGAUUCAGACAUCUCCGAAUAUAACAAUAAUAUAACCAUAGACACCGAUACAAUAGAUAGCCAAAAAAAAUCAUUCAACAUUAAGGCACAGACUAAAGGGAACGUGAGUCUCAUCUCUGAAUUUGAAGCUUCUGAUGAGGAAGAUAGAUAUAUUGAUGAAUUUCUAUCUUUAGAUAAGAGUAUUGAGGAGGCAACCUUGGAUGCUGAAAAAAAAUAUGGUUCAUACGAUAAAGAGUCAAAGGAGGUCCGAGGUAGACCUUCUGCGUGCAUCUUUGUAGCCAGUUUAUCUUCUGAUCUCAGCGAUGAUAUACUCUGCGAAUCUGUGACGCAACAUUUCAAGCAAUGGGGAGAACUGACUCUCGUUAAAGUUUUAAGAGACCCAUCAAAUCGCCCUUACGCAUUUGUUCAGUAUGCUAAGGAUGAGGAUGCCGAUAGAGCAAUUAAUGAAGGCCAACAUUCCAUACUAAAUGGAAGAACAGUCAGAUGUGAGAAAGCAAGGGUUAAUAGAACACUCUAUUUGCAGUUGAAUGGAACUGGGAUUAGAGAAAAAAUUAUGAGAAAGAUUCUAUCACGGUUUGGAGAUGUUGAAAGAUUAAUAGCAGUCAAUGAGUCUUUCGAUGUUAUAAAUACCGUAAACAAAAACGAAAAUAUCAGAUUCAAAAAUUGGUUCUCUAAGUUUGUAUAUCGACAGGAUGCCAUCAGUGCCUUUGCUAAUUUGAAAACUAAAAUCAACUGGAAUGUAGAGUGGGCACAAAAUUUAGAAGAUGAAUAUAGCAAUAUACCAGAAGUUACUAUUGACAAAAAUUCCGUGUUUGUUGGCCAUUUAGAUCCACGAAUCAGUAAAGAAGAAUUAAUUGAGAGAUUUGAGAGACAUGGAAAGAUAAAAGAAGCAAUUUUGGUGAAUAGGCCUUUGAACAACUUUGCUUUUAUUAAGUUUAGAACAAAGGAAGCUGCUGCCUCUGCUGUUGAACGAGAAAAUCAUGCAAUGUUUAAAUAUAAGACAAUUCAUGUUCAAUAUCGUGAAAUGUACAACAACUAUAGAAGAAAAUGCUCUAAUGACAAUGGCUUGAAAUUGAAUUUGGCACCUCCUCCAGUUAAUUUCAAGAAACGUUAUGUUAAUGAAAAUAGACAUGGGAACUGCUACCGUCACCACAGGAAUUACAGAAUGAGAAAUAGUUUCAGCGUUGAGAACUGCAUGAUGGGGACACCACAACAAGUAAAUAACAUACCACUAAUUCCCGAAACUUUUGCUCAAGCUUUGAAACUCAAGCAAAUGUAUAAUAUCAGAAAUAGCAAACGUAAGAUUUUUCAAGGUGAAAGACCUGAAGAUAAAUACAUCAAUUCGCAAAGUUUGGCUUCUAGUUUUAAUAGUCACUCAAACUUUCAUCCCAUUCACGUUAAGGAACAUGAUGAGUGUCAGAUUCGUUCAAGCAGAGAGCAAAAGAUAAAGUCGAGAAACUCAGAAAUGAAAGAUGAUACUGAAAAUUCAUUUACUGAAGAUUCAAUUGAGUUGCAACUACAUCCUAAUAAAAAGGAGCCACAUACUGAAUCUGAAGUUGAUGAGGAUGCAUCGGCAAUAAGAACCAGUUCUACAUUCUCUAGUCGUGGUCCGAAAACCGAAUAUACUUUCUCAACUGUUGAUAAUGCUGAACAUCAUGAAUACAACAUUUUUCCCAAAAUCAUGGGCCCACAAAACUUCCAAUAUCCGAUGUAUUACUCUUUCCCAGAAAAGGAAGGCCUUUCAUUUGUCAAUCAUUCAAUGCAAUAUCUGACACCAAAUGACCAGUAUUUUCCUCCUCCAAAUCCUUCACAACCUCCACAUUCUCCACACAUUCUGCAUCACCAGGGCAGUUCAUCUGCAGGCAGUGCUGGCUAUUAUUACCCAUACCCAUACUAUCUACCACCUUCAACUCCAAGUAGCCAAAUGCAACCAAUGUAUCCAUUGUAUUACUACUAUAACCCAAUUGCUAUGACUGAGGGACGACACAACAUCCCUCAUAGAGAAGAUGGUAGAGCACCAGAAAAAUAA